AGAAAGAGAGUGUGUGUGUAAGUGUGUGUGUGUGCGCGCAUGUUGCUUUGAGGCUCAAAACCAAUGUGUGCCAUCACAUGCUGAGAUGAUGCGAGAUGUGAGUCAGAUGCUUGGAGGAAUCUCAGAGCCUCAGAGGAAACUGUCUGUAGCUCAGUCUGGUACCCAACUCUCUCUUUUUCUCUGAGAUGUCAGGUGCUGACAGUCCAAAUGGCACCGGUGCGUCUCCAGUCCCGGACUAUGAAUGGAGAUAUGAAUACUAUGAUGACGAGGAGCCAGUAUCUUUUGAAGGACUCAAGGCACACCGCUACUCUAUAGUGAUUGGCUUCUGGGUCGGCCUGGCUGUCUUUGUCAUCUUUAUGUUUUUCCUCCUCACGCUUCUGACCAAGACUGGAGCUCCACAUCCUGACAGUGGACAGCCAUGUGAGAAGCAGCCCCGUAUGAUUGGCUACAUGGACACCAACCUCAACAACGGAGCCUCUUCUCCCCACUCUAUUGGUCUGGACUCAUCCUGCUCUCUCUUUCAGUGCUAUGUAUCCAAGGAGGGUCAGAUGAGCUCCAGAGCCCUGUGGAGCUCUGCUGCUGGUGUGGGUGUGGGUGUGGGUGCAUCAGGAGGCAGCCACAGGAGGCCCAGCAGCAGUGCGGAGGAGGGGGGCGGUACACUCCUGCAGGAGUUAACAGUGACAGAUAAUAGGACUGAGAGAGAAGCCAUCUUGCUGGCCCACUUCAAUAUUCCUAACUGUGUGAUCUCUGAGCAGAGCUCAACUGUAGGGGAGGACGACCUGCUGCUGGGGGCAGGAUCGGAGCAGCAGGAAUGAUAAUGACCACAGUUAUUUGCCAUAGGCCUGGAGAGCUGAGAGCAGCUACUCAUCAAAUGUGAUAACUCAGGUGAGAACGGUACUGGUUUGAUUUUCACAAAAUGUGGAUGGAUGAUGCGUUUACACUUCCAUACAUUUAAAACAUUCACUGACUGGUCCCACAUGUCACUGACUUGCUUAAGCAGAAGUCUGUGCUCAUCAGAAAAUCUUCAUCCUCCACCUUAUUUAUGGACUGUAUGUCUUUAAUGGUGUGAAAUUAGCUGUUGUGUUUGGUUAGACUAUUUGGUUGAGAACCACUGAUCUACUCUGACCUCACUCAGACUGUCACUAUAGUCUUCAUCUUAAAUGAUGUCAUCUACCUAUCCUUAUGAUCCAAUAUCAACAGUGAUGUUACUGACCUUAGGAGACUUGUCUCGCCAUCUGUAAGAACAUCUGGGUGACAUACCUCCUCCUGCCCCACCUUUCUCAUCUCAUGCAAGACCAUAAGAUACAUUUGGUAACUGUGUUCAGUGCAGGUACCUUAUGUCCCUGAGAUUCCCUGCUGUAUAUGCUGGUAAUGUACGCAAAAGUGCUUAUGUUGUUGCAAACCCCUUUCUUUUUAAGGUGGCUUAAUUGACUGCAUGUCUUCAAGGAUGCAGCCUUUUAUGUCUCUACACUGCCGACAGUUUUCGGGUUGUCCAUACAUACGUACCUCCAUCCCACUGUUGUGAACACGAUAUCUCAAGAAUGCCCUAAGGGAAUUUCUUCAAAUCUCGCACAAACGUUUACUUGGACUUGUUGGGAUUCACAGGACCAUAGAUGAUUUAUCAUUUGGUAAAAUCAUCACUGGACAUUUAAAGGCUUUUUCCUCUGCAUGCUCUUUGUCUUCAAACAAAGAGAGCAAGGUGACACCCAUCUCCACAGGAGGUCUCACCUCCCACCUCAGUGAGACACAAGUCUCACAACUUGAUUGGACAGGACUUUUACAGUGACAUGUGACUCUGUGAUGUCACAGGCAUGUAGAAGUUCUGCUCCCUCCAAGCCUUUUCUCUCUCUGGCUCCAGCUGUUGAACAGCUGACACCUCUUCCCGGCUGGGCCUGGAACAGCACAGAGGCCCAGACCCUUGCUCCUUGCCCCAAACCACUAAAGGGAGGGCAAUUGAUCACAGACUCUCUAACCUGAACUGGAAAGGUAGAGGUGCAAGCACAAGGUUUGCAACUAGCUUUCCAGCAACAAAGAGAACCAAGUGAGUUAGCACCCGGCGUCUAGCUCUGCUAAACCCUGAGCGACCAGCUUCCUCGGAGUUUCACCUUUGGAACAAAGGACCCAACAAAGACUGCGCCUGGAACCAUCUUCCCAGCCUUCUUCUGCUGGCUAACAAAGCAGUACGCCACCAAGUGACUCUUUCUCCCAUCCACUCAAGGAUCGGUAAUGUAACAACUGGGCAAAGCUUUAUCACAGCUUUACAGGCUAAGCAAGACUGUUUAACUUGUUGUAUGUGAUUUAAUGCUGUUUACUGAGUUAUUGUUGUGAUAGUUUGCAGUUAGGUCAUUGAUUAGUUGGCUUCGCCAAAGCUAAGUGUUUAGUUUGCUAAUACUGUUCACAAACAGAUUCUUGCACACAACUAAACAAUCUCUGCACUAAUCCAGACGGUUUGCAACACACGUCACAUUGACAUAGACUCAUUAACAAACAAGCUUUCAACAGAGCUACAUCCAAACAGGCAUCUCAGAGUUCCCGCUUCUUUUCCUUUGUCUUUGUCCUGACCACACGGUCAGACAAACACCUCCCCCGAAACUGAAGCCAGUUUUGAUUCGGCCAUUUUGGUAUUUCUCCGUUGUCAGCCAUUUUGUUUUGUAGGCCAAACAGCUCUUUGAUCACCACACCCGCCUUUGUCUUUCUCUUUUCUCUCUCGCACACACAACACGCACACACACACACACACACACACACACACACACA